AGCUUUUUGGGUGAAUUUAAUUAUGCGGCUAAAUAUGGUUGCCAAGAGCAGUUACCGAUUAUAGAGGAUGGAACAUUGUUAAACGUGCGCCAAGGCGACUGCGUACUGUAAGUGUGUAACUUAGUACCAGCUCUUCACGUUCAUCUUCCUUUCCUUUGUAUUCCUCUUAAUCCUGUUCCAUCUUUAUUUCUUAAACCACCAUGGCAAAUGACGAUGUUACACCGGUUCGGACCCCGCUGGACGUUGACGAUGAACCCGCUGGACAGGCCGUCUCUGUGCCAGAUGCUGGUGACACCGGGGAGGGCAAGCUCAAGAUGAUCGUACAGCUGGUCAAGAAAUGUCUCGGAGUAAAGGACAUCGCAUCCAUGCGACUCUCCCUCCCUGCAUCACUCUUGGAACCCAUCCCGAACCUGGAGUACUGGCAUUACUUGGAUAGACCGGAUUUGUUCGCUGCUAUUAAUGAUUCUGAUGACCCGUUUGAACGAAUGCUUGCUGUUCUCCGUUUCACAUUCUCUAAGGAUUUGAAGUUCAUUCGGGGAAAGGUAUGCAAGCCGUACAACUCUGUCUUGGGUGAACAUUUCCGGUCACACUGGGAUGUGCUUCCCGUUAGCUAUCCUUCUGACCCUACGCAACCUCCCAUUCAACAUUUGUACCUUUCCGAGGCCGCUGCUCGGUCCAGCUAUUCCGCACUAUCAGCACUGUCACCCCGGAAGGCCAUCUCGGAGACCGCCAGUAUGAGGAGCGGUAGGAGUGGCAUUAGUACCGUCAGUGGUCUCAGCUUGCUCUCUAAGGGUUACUCCACUCCCGCCACACCUGGCCGCAGCACCCCAGCCACUUCUCCGGAUUUGUUCGAGGCCGAAUUAGAUGCCCAGAUGUCCAACCUCAGCCUUGGCAACAUCAACGCUUCCAAGUCGGGUGACCUAAUAGAAGGAGAGGAAAUUCCCGCAUUAGCAGAUCGUCCCCGCGUUCGAAUUGCCUACUUGACGGAACAGGUAUCUCAUCACCCGCCCGUCUCGGCAUUCACGGCCUACUGCCCCAGCCGACAACUCGAGUUGUCAGGCAUCGACCAGAUAUCUGCUAAGGUCUCUGGUACGACUAUUCGCGUGACGCCUGGAAACUUCAACAAGGGUGCGUUCGUGCGUAUCAAGGGCGGGUACGGUGCAGGCGAAACGUACCAAAUCACACAUCCCAUUGCAUCUGUCAAUGGUAUCCUGAGAGGUAGCUUCUAUGUUACCGUUUCGGAAUCGACGAUCGUUACUUGCACCGGUGGACCCGAAGGCGGGCCUUACUACCGCGCAAUCAUAGAAUACAAGGAGGAGUCUUGGCUUGGGAGGGCUCAUUUCCUCUGCGAAGGCGUCAUACACACUUAUACCCCCGGUUCUCGCGAACACGAAGAAUGGACGAAAGUCAAGCACGUACCUCGCUCACGCAUCGUAGCUGUCUUCGACGGCUCAUGGAAACAUCUCAUUCGAUGGAAGAGGGCCAUCGAUCCUGAUUCGUCGUACGCGACGUUGCUGGACAUUUCGACAUUACAUGUGAUACCCAAGGCAGUGAGGGCGUUAGAGAAGCAGUUACCCGAUGAGAGCAGGAAGUUGUGGGAGAAUGUGACCAAUAAGUUAAUGGCGAAGGAGUAUUCGGAUGCUACUAAGCAUAAGCUGGCGAUCGAGCAGAAGCAGAGAGACGAUGCUGCUGAGCGGAAACGUAAAGGCCAGAUGUUUGUUCCGAAGUAUUUCGAGCCUGACCUUGAUUCUGGUAUUCCUACUCUUACCGAAGAGGGACGGAAGGCUUUAGAGGAAGAGUUGAAAGAGGAGGGACCAUACCCAUUAGAGUCUGUUGUCGAUGGAGUAGAGACACCAUAAUAUCGUCUUGAGCGACUGUUUUGUAUGACUUCACGACACCGGACUUUAUCUUUGCUUGUGCAAUCAUGCCGUGCUGCUGCUUUUCGGAUAAACUCGCCAGAAUCGUUUCCAUUGCAUCCUCAAGUAAUCAUGUACAUUAUCACAACAUGUAAAACGAAGGAAUAAAAGUUACACUAUGAGUC